AUGGAUCUGAGACCGGAGCUCCCCACAGCCUCCUCCGCCUCACAAGUCCAUCCCGGAGCGGCGGCAGCGGCCGCGGCAGCCUCCAUUCCGGUGUCCAUGGCCGGCAACCUGCUGCGAGGGCCCCCGCUCCUCCUGCGGGCCGCAGACAAGUACCCGCGCACUCCGAAGUGCGCCCGCUGCAGGAACCACGGCGUGGUGUCCGCGCUGAAGGGCCACAAGCGCUACUGCCGCUGGAAGGACUGCAUGUGCGCCAAGUGCACCUUGAUCGCAGAGAGGCAGCGGGUGAUGGCGGCUCAGGUGGCGCUCCGGCGGCAGCAGGCGCAGGAGGAGAACGAAGCCCGGGAGCUGCAGCUGCUCUACGGCACGGCGGAGGGACUCGCUAUCGCCGCCGCCAACGGCAUCAUCCCACCCCGGCCGAACUACGAGGUGUUUGGUUCCGUCAGCAGCGAAAGCAACUCAGCAGAUUCAAGCAUCCAGAAGUAUGAGCUGUUUCCUAAGAACCAGCUCUCCGGGUCCGCCACCCCUCAACCAUCUGCGGGGAAACCGGCUUCCACCGAAGGUGACUCAGCCCCCGGCAUCUCGUCCCCGGACGGCCGGCACGGAGGCUCUGGUUCGGAGAACGGGGAUAGCGAGUCUUUCAUCAGCUCACCGGUAUCCAAGCCUUUGAAAGACGGAGAAGAAACUCCAGGGUCCGUCAGCUCCAUCGGCUCGGAUUCGGGUUCUGAGACCGACAAAGACGAGCAGGAGCCUUCCCCUUCCUCUGCGGCCUCUCGGCACAUGAACGCCAUCGACAUCCUCACCCGAGUAUUUCCCAGCCACAAGCGAAGCGUCCUGGAGCUCGUCCUGCAGGGCUGUGGCAAAGAUGUGGUGCAGGCCAUCGAGCAGAUCCUCAACAACAGCGGCGCUCAGGGCCCCAACAAGGCCGGGCCAGACGAGACGUGGACGGCAGAGAGGAUGCUCCAAAAUGCGCAGCAGCCUCCGGCGGCAUCCGCAACCACAACAGCCCCGACGAGGCCCAUGCUCCCCGGGGCUAUGACGCUGAGCAACCGCUCUGCGUUUUCUCCUCUGCAGCCAAACGCACCGCACUUUGGCGCAGACCCUAGCACCUACCCGCUGGGCACACACUUGGGACUGAACCCGCUGCGGCUGGCCUACUCGGCGCACAGCCGGGGACUGGCUUUCAUGACACCUUACUCCACCACCGGGCUCAUGCCCACUUUGGGCUUCAGACCUCCAAUGGACUAUGCAUUUAGCGACCUGAUAAGAGACAGGACAAUGCUGCACAAGGAGCAAGGCUAUGCCAGCGGCCUGUAUGGGCCUUUGGUCAACAACACGCCGGAGAAACAGUGAAGCCGGUGGACUGAUCAUAGAGACACAUUCCAUUGUAUUUGUAGCCACAAGUGUUGAAAAUGUGUGAUGUGUUCUGGCUACGGGCUGCUGUACAUAAUAGGAUUAUCUGGCUUGUAGUCAAAUGAUCUGAGAGGGAUUUAAAAAAAAAAAAAGAAGAAGAAAAGAAACUAAACCACUUAUGUGUAACUCUCCAAAAUAAUUUUAUAUG